AUGAUUUCUCUUUUUCUAGCGGCGAUUUUUUUUCCUGAAACAAAGGCGAUCCCGACUUUUUUACUCGGCCCAGAAGACCAAAUCCCUAUCGAAGCUCCCAGCCCCUUAUUUGCAUCCAUCGCCGAAGACCUGAAAUCCUCUUCCCUCGACCCUCCAUCUUUCCAACCAGUCGAAGCUCGUCAAGGAGUCCCAAUCUUCAACAAUUUCAACCCCAUCGAAGCGCUGCUACAAAUCAACGACCAAAAACCAGCAAAACAGCCAAAUUUGAACGUCAUCAACGAUGAUUCUUUCAACAAAUUUCAGCAAAUUUCAUCGAUGAUGAGCGCGAUUUUGAGCGACGCGGGGAUCGGAAAUACGGCGCCAGAAGAAGCUGCUGAAGAAUCUGAAGAAUCAGAAGAAUCAGAAGAGCCAGCAGAGCCAGAAAAUGAAAAUUCUAGAGCGGCGAUUAUCCCUUCUGCUUCGCAAUGGCCGCUGGUUGCUUUUAGCUUUGAGAAUGCGUUUUUAAGACAAACUUGUCCUCAAAUCUACGACGAUGAAGCUGAAAUGCCGGCCGCUGAGACCCAACUCGACGGAAUCAUCAAUCAGUACUGCUCGAUGAUUUCGAACAUUAUCAACCUCAAAAACGACCAGUUGAAUUCGAUGUCGUUGCCUAUUUUGGCCAAAGCGGGAUUUCUCGGAACUGAGUCCUGCGCAGUCGAGCCGGAUUGGGAUGAACAGGGGCGUAUUAUAGGUGGCCAAGAUGCAGAUGCGCUCACGUGGAGAUGGAUGGCUCUUAUGCCGAGAAUCGGAUGCGGCGGAACGAUCAUUUCGGACCAAGUUAUUUUGACGGCAGCGCAUUGCUGUGAUGGCGAUGAUCCCUUAGCGGAGUACGAAGUAAUGGUCGGCUCCCACGAUUCGAGCAUUUUCUACAACGAUGCUUACACGCAACGAAUCCCCGUUUUCAAAAAAAUCUACCACGAAGAUUUCGUUUCGGUCGACUCUUCCGCUGGACUAACCACUGACAACGACGUUUGCCUGCUUUUCUUGUCGAGGCCGAUUGAGUGGAAUGUCGCCACGGCGCCUGCUUGCCUCCCAGAGCCCGGGGAUGAGCCUGUGGAGGGAGAAAGGUGCUUUACUGCUGGAUGGGGGCUCACUUUCCCCGGCCAGGGGUCGAUGCAGCCGAAUUUGAAGGAAACUUAUGCGGAUAUUAUUCCCUCAGCCACCUGCCAGGCUGGAAUCGACAACCAAGCCACCGACUACUUCCACACAAUCAACGACGAAACCCAAGUCUGCGCCGGCGAGCUCGAUGGCUCGACAAUGGCUUGCAAUGGCGACUCCGGAGGGCCACUUGUUUGCAUGCGAGGAAAUCAACCCUUUGUUUAUGGAAUCACUUCUUGGGCGAUUCCGGGUUGCUCGUAUGCAGAUACUGCGCCGCUUUUCGCUAGAGUCGGCCAUUUCCGAGACUGGAUAAAUGAAAAAGCGCAAGAGUUUUUCAACCGACAGCCGUACCCAGUCGAUGAAGAAGGCUGCGUAAUCGGAGCCGAUCGAGAAAGCGCUCCAGUAACAGAAACCGAGUCUUCCGGGGAUGGAAGAUCUUUCGAUGGCUCUGGAGACGGGGAAGAAUCAACUUGUCCCGAUGUGGAUGAGUGCCCACUUGGGCCACCUGGAUGGGGCGAGACUGGAGGAUCUUACACUUGUGAUUCAAAUGACAAUUGCGAGUAUUUCUGCGGAGAUGGCGGCGAAACAGGCAUCAUAACAAAAUGCAGAAACGGGCGUUGGACAGACCCCGACAUGGCAAAAGUGCGCCGCUCAAAUUGCCACGUUUGCGAUCCCGAUAACAUGCCGUGGAGCUACUCGCCAAGUGGGUACUUUGUUGGCGCCGAUGGACCCGGAAGUUGGGACUGCACCUGGUCCGCCAAUCGAGUUCUCUUCUGCGACGCUACUUGUGAAAUCAGUGGAGAUGAUGAUGCCCAUUGCCAUCCAAUCACGACUCUGCCUCCGACAACAUCGACUUAUGUUCCUGAUGAUGAUGGAUUCUGUGACUUGGAAAUUCCGCAAUGGGAAAACUUUCUCGGAGGAAAUUGGGUUUGCGAUAGAGACGAUGCGAGUGAGAAUACAAAGUGUGAUUGGAUUUGCCCAGAUGGGAUGCAGAUCAAAAAUGAUCACAGCACAAAGUGCGUUUGCGAAGGGCGCCGCUGCGACUGGCAGGAACCAUCUCAGUUCGCCAUCAAUCGCGCGAGCUGUCUAAGGUGCAAUCCUUGGGAGCUUGAAAUCGACGAUUUUUACAAACAAAACGGCUUCAUCUGCACUCGAAGAAAGUCGAAAAUCACUUGCAAGUUGAAUUGCGAGCACGAUAGAAAUGGGCGGCCGUUCGAAGCUGUCUGCGAUCGAGCUGCCUUCUUUGCCACCUGGAAUAUGAAAGGAAACUUGCCGAAUUCUUGUGAACAAGUCCAGGAGCCAACAACGACCACGCUCGAACCAACCACGACGACGACUACCACAACGACAACUUCGACCACAACAACGACAGAACCUGAAGGAUCUGGAGAAGGAUCGGGAGAAGAGCCUGAAACGACCGUUGUUUCAACAACCUCUUCAACAACACCGUUUACCACAAGUACUUCUGUUUCCAGUACGAUAUCCUCCACAACAACACCAGGAUCGACAACAUCUUCAUCGUCAUCAUCAACCACAACUCCACCAACCACCUCAACGAGUACAACAACAACAACAACAACAACGACGACAACAACGACAACCACUACAACCACUACAACAACGACGACAUCAACAACUUCCCCGCCAGAAGGUUCGGGCGAAGGCUCCGGCGAAGGCUCUGGCGAAGGCUCCGGCUGGGUGGAUCCUGACGCAGUUUGCGGUCCGCUUCCGACUCAUUUGUGGCCUCAGCUCGAAGGAGGGACCUGGCUCUGCGAAAACCUUUGGGGAGAUGAUUAUGAAGGCCAAAGAUGCGAGUAUCAUUGCCCAGAUGGAAUGCUGAUUCAUAACGAUCUCCAUACAAAAUGCUUAUGCUACCAAGGCGACUGCUACUGGAAAGAAAUCUCUUCCUCGAUUCUUUCAAUGGGAAAUUGCAAUCGUUGCGACCCGAACGACCUGCCAAUCGAUGAUGAGUUCAAGCAACACGGAUUUAUCUGCUCGAACAAGCGAGAUAAAGUGACCUGCGAGCUGAAUUGUUCCGAUAGCGCGGAAUUGGCCAAGCCCUUCCGAGCGGACUGCAGAAGACAAAAUGUUUCGAACACGUGGAAUCAAAAGGGAAAAUUGCCAGACUCCUGCCCUUUCCCACUCAUUCCGAUUUCUACAACUCCUGCGAUGACCACUCCAACAACAACAUCUACGACGAUAACAACAACUAGUACAACUUCAACCACAACAUCGACAACGACCACUACAAGCACCACAACGACUUCCACGACAACGUCGACAACAACCAGUACCACAAGUACGACAACGUCAACAACGACGUCAACAACUACAUCUACAACUAAAACAUCGACAACAACGACCACUUCUACAACGACAUCAACAACGACAACAACCACCACUACAACAACAACGACGACAACCACUUCAACAACAACAACUACAACAACCACGACAACGACGACGACAACAACCACGACAACGACGACGACAACAACAACGACAACCACAACCACAACAACGACCACCACUACAACGACCACCACUACAACAACCACGACAACGACUACGACAACAACCACGACGACGACAACAACCACGACGACCACUACAACGACAACCACUUCAACAACCACGACAACGACCACGACAACAACAACAUCGACCACGUCAACAACUACGACUACGACCACGACAACAACCACGACAACCAGUACAACAACAACGACGACUACGACCUCGACAACAACCAUAACAACCACUACAACAACAACCACCACAACAACAACCACCACAACUUCCACGACAUCUACAACUACGACUUCAACGACAACUUCAACAACGACUACAACUACGACUACAACUACCACAACGACUACAACUACAACCACGACGACAACAACAUCAACCACAACUCCACCUGAAACAACAACGCCAGAAGGCUCUGGCGAAUUCGACAUUUGUGAUGUCCGCGCAAUUCCAGAGGAAUUCGAAGGGCCCGGAACUUAUUUCUGGUCCUGCGUCACCAAAAAGAAGAAAACAACCUGCUCGAUGCAUUGCGAUGGCGCCUCCAAGCCGGAUAAAUAUGGAGUCGUUUGCAAUUCUGACUUCGAUUCUUGGGCGCUUGCGAAAAACAAGCACGUGCCAAAUUGCGGCUGGACACCUCCGCCUGGCGAACUGCCCUCGCAGUGUGGAUUGGAGACGAUUCCAGAGCAAUAUGUCUCUCCUGGUGAUUUUGAAUGGGCCUGCUCAGUUGACAGCAAGGGAACUACAGUAACUUGCUCGGUUGAUUGCCUUGUUGGCACCACAAAUGCCUUCGGAAUAAAAUGCCAAACAAAAAAGGCCGGAAAGUGGAAACCUCUGAGCAAAUCGAACUCGACUCCUCCACUUUGCGGCGCCGCACCUCCGCCAGGACCGUGCGACUCAAGCACCAUUCCGGCUGAAUUCAACAGCGCCGGCGAUUUCGAGUGGGAUUGCGACGAAAGCUCAAAAAAAUCAACUUGUUUCGUGAAGUGCGCUGGGGCUUCAAGAUCUUCUUUCGGAGUUAAAUGCGUGACAAAAAAGGCUGGUCAGUGGAAACUUAAUUCGAAGAAAAAUAAAAUUCCUCCUUCCUGCUAA